AGUAUUGUGCUCAUUGCCACCGUCCAUCGCAAUCACUGGGAGCAGUCUUUCCUCCCAAUUUAACGAUUCAGUGGCUGUAUAUUACAUUUCUCUUCCAAGCCAUGUAAAAAUCCGUGUGAGGAAUCUUAUAGUAACGCUGACAUACUAUUUUUAUUUCCUUUCGCUUUUUUUUGCAAGACAGAAAUUUCGCAACACAUAAGUGCACAGUCAAGCCUUUUUCUGUCUUUGCAAGUCAUCUCUGGAGUGUUAUGUAAAUGGUUUGCGUGGACCGGACUUAAAAGACAGUACAGUCUGUACAUCGUGUCUUCAACGCCCCAAGAGACCAAUUGAUUUCCGAAAUCGCCGUCAAUAUACGCUUGCUAUAUUCCUCGACUUGAAGUUAAUUAUAGUCUCUUUGAUUGGCGGGAAUUAAUCAGCAGCAGAUUUGUGUAUGAAGAAAAGUGAUAAUUGUCCUACACCCUAAAUUAAAUUGAAAAUGAGACUGGUUUUCGAAUUUGCCAUGUGAAGCAAAACGAAUCGAAAGAAUUGGUCAAAAGGGAGGUUUGCAGCACAUAUAAAAUUCCUCGAAGAACAAAAAACUUCUGCGGCUAAGUCCAAAGUCGAAGAAAAAGUCCGCUCGGACGAAAACCGACAUGGAUUCGAAAAAUGGCGAUCCCCAUAAGAGAAUGGCGAACGGGUUUACCAGCCAAGAGAACCAUGACAUGAAGCAGGCGUUUGACCUGUUUGACAAGAACCAUGACGGUAGGAUCUCCAGUGACGAGUUGGGCCGGGUCCUGCGGACACUGGGCCACGACCAUUCCCAGGAGGAGGUAGAGGACAUGAUCAAGACUGCCGACACGAACGAAAAUGGCUUUGUUGAAUUCGAUGAAUUUGUCGCAAUGAUGCGACGUUGGACUCACAAUUCUGAAGUAGAGGGCGCUGAUGGCGUGUCGACGUCAUCAUCGACAAAAUCAGACAAGCAGCUCGAGGCAUUCCGAGUGUUUGAUAUGGAUGGAAACGGGUAUAUUGAUAAGCACGAACUGAGGUACACCAUGCGACGGCUUGGGGAGAACCUUUCAGACGAAGAUAUCAAAGAAAUGUUUAAAGAGGCCGACUUAAACGGCGACGGAUUGAUAGAUUACAGCGAAUUUUCUCGACUACUGCACAACUUUUUACCAGAAUAACCACAGUAACCUGAUGUUGUAAAGAUUGUAACCAAUGACGUCACAGCUUCCAUUGUCAGCUAAUUCUCAUAUGUAAUCGGAGCAGAAUAUAAAUUAUACAUAUAUUCUGGAUUCCAGCCAAGGGAAGUUAACUCGUGAUUUGAAAAUUCAUACCUCAUUGAAUGCACGUGGAUGGCUGAUGGGUAUAUCUACUCAUUGAUGGAGUUAAUAGUACAAUACAUUCCAUUGGUCAAAGAGAGGGUCACGUGUUGUGAUCCAACAGAUGUCAUUUCCAAAAAGACAGACUUCUUGUCUUAUUCAGUAGCUCAGUGACAUGUUUUUAUGAGCAUACAUCAUUUGACAUUUCCUAAUAAUAACCAUCAAUUUUCUAUUUGACGUUAGUUAACUUAAAGGGAAUUUAAAGACUUUGCAAAUUUAAGUAAUUGAUUCAAAAUGUAAGAUUAAUCGACCUUUUUGCAUCUGACUACUUUCCUUAACAGAAUCGCAUCUGAUGUAACAUAAGCUAAAACUGAUGACAGAUGCUGUCUAAGUAGCCAAUGACAGAGACUGUCUUACCUAGCCAAUGAAAAAAGACGGUCUUAGUGACCAAUGACAAAAACUGUCUUAAGUAGCCAAUAAACGAGGUUGUCAUACGUAAUCAAUGACAUAGUUGCAAUUAAUUGACGAAAAAGAGUGCAACAAAGUGUUCAAAUAGCAAUUUUAUACGAUUUAUUGUUAUUGAUUGCUGAGAUAUAUAUAUGUAUACAACUUGAAUAAGAAAUUUAUCUGUACUUAUCAUGUUAUUCGUCGUUGACCUAUGAAAUUUUUUAAACAUUUCGUUAGAAAUGGCGUGUGUUUGUUACUGGAUUGUUGUUUUUUAUUUUUAUAUAUGUACUUGAUCUUCUGUGUGUGACCACCCAACUGAUCUAUACAACCAAUACAAUAGCAUUAUCAUGGUUUAUUUGAACAAAGGAUAUUGUGAAAAUGCAGAUUUUUUUCACAACUCUAAUAUGACAAAUUUAAAUAAAUUCUUUUCGGCUUAUUUAGGUAUCAUACAAAAUGUGAUAUCAGAUAAAAAAGGAAUAAUUACAUUGUUACACACCAGCUAGUGUUGAAUGUUUGCUCUUUUGAGAAAUUCCAUUACUUUAUUAAUUCAUCUAACUAAAUUGUCUUCCUUAAACAAUUGUUACAAAUCUUUUUUCUGGUUUUGAGGUACAUGUGUUUAUGAUAUGGAGAGUAAACGGGGUUUAUAAUACAUGUAUUUGAAAAGUAUUGUGAUGAUCUCCCAUAGCAACCAGAAAGUUGUUGAUAUUCACCAAGUGUAAAUAAAACGUUAAUUUGAAUUUUCUCUACAAUAAACUUUUUGAUUUCCUAUUCUACAAA